AUGUCGAGAUCUCUUUCCUCCAUCGCAUACUCUCCUUACAUUCCCUCUGUUCGAGAGGGCAGCAUUACAUCUCAAAAAUCGUCGCAUGUCGCGGCCUCUCAGGAGCCGAAGGUCCUCGACAGGAACUCAGCCUCAACAGCGAACGUAAAGGAACACUCCAGGCGACCCUCGAGACAGUCUCUGCCGCACUGCGCCUCUGGAAACGACGUCAGCACAUCCCACACUGAGAAGUCUGGGAGCGCGUAUUUCCCUUCAGGUUCCUCUGAUCGUCUCCAGUCGUCUUCGGAUGCCCUCUUGCCACCAUUUUCUUCUGUCGCAUCUCUCAGUGGUCGAGUACGUCCGAAUCCGCGGCCUCCUGCUCCUGAUGGUGCCCAACUGUCUCCUUUUGAGACUCCACUGCAGUCUCCUGUGGGGUCUCCGAGGACGGCGUAUGCAAGGCGCUGGACGUCAGUGCCCGAGCAAGCCAAACGCGAUUCGGGAAAGGGAGAUGCACCUGGGUGGAGAGAGGCAGGCGCCGAGGAGGGAGGGGCGAAUACACUCCCCAGAGACAGAGGGCAUUCCUUGUUUUUCAGUCGAGUCAGUGGACACACUCCCGGCGCUCCCACAGCGCGCUCAGAGAGAAGCGAAGGCGGGAGGCGCCCUGCCUCGAGUCGGUCUUUGGGGGGAAGUGGAGAAGGAGACAGAGCCGCGAGGAGGGAGGAGGGUCGAGACAGAAAUCGGAUGAACGAAACGCUUCUGUCUGCACACGCUGCGCGAAUCAAAGAGAACCUCAGACGAGGAAGCCGCGACGCGGAAACUGGCGAUCUGGAGUCCUCGACCGAGAGGAAGUGGAAGCCAACAGAAGCUCUGGAAAGCGACGGUGUGGGCAGCGACCUACGACAGGAAAGUCUCAAACACCUCGACAGACGCCGAGACUCCGCUGCCGACUGCGGGGGCGGCGUGAGCCAUCGAACUCGAAAAGACAGCGCGUCUCCAGGGACGUCCCGACAGGGCUUCGCCGUCGGCGACCACUUGCCACCCUCUGCUUCCGCGCGGCUCUACUCUGCCCUUUUGGAAAGUGACGUGGAGUUCUGGGAGCGAAAGAGCAGACACUUGAAGGAGUUGCUCGACCAAAAAGACUCGCUCCUCCAACAGGCCCGCGCAGAGUUGGGAAAGAAUGCCGGGAGACAAAGCAACGAGUUCAGAGAGCUCGUCAGCCUCAAGGAAGCUCUGGAGAGGCGGCGGGAAGAGCUGGUCGUUAGGGACGCCCGCGUGCGAGAGCUCGAGCGAGAAAACGAAGAACUUCUGGAAAGACUCGAGGCCUCAAGACGCGCAGCUGCGAGCCGAGAAGAAGACUUCAAGCGCCUGGAAAGACGCAGUGAAGACGAGUUUCGACAGUCUGCGGAGACGCGCUUUCGCCUCCAAAAAGAAUGCGAUGCCUUUCAGACGGAGUUAACUCGCCUCCGAACGGCCUAUGCGGAUUUGGAGAGGCGCGAGGGGAGGACCGAAGAACGGGAGAAGGAGAGAGACAGGGAAUCUCUGCGCCUGGAGACGACGCUUCAGUCGACCCGUUCAGAUCUGGAAGCUGCAACAGCGCGACUUUCAGAAACGCACGAGCAGCUGCAAGCUUCGCGACAGUACAUUUGCUACUUGGAGCGUCUGAUUCGGGAUCUACGCUUUUUCGUCGUCUACCACCUGGAGUUGGAGAAACCUCAGGAGACGUCGACCGCGGCUGCACCCAGCCUCCCUUCAGGGCCGGUGCCUCUUGCUUUAGAAUGUCCUGACAGAAGCUGCGAGACUCAGGAGAAGCGCGAGGACGGCAAGGUUUCCAGGGCGCUGGAAGGCAGGUUGCCCGACUCGCAAAAGGCUACGAAAAAGCAAAUGGGAAUCGCCCACAAACUGACUGCAUGCGCGUCUCCGCCGUGCAACGGAGAGGGUGAAUUGCAAGGACUCUCGCUGGCUCUUCAGCGUCCAGAGGAACUCACCUCUCACCUGGUUUGUACGGCGCUUCUUCCUGGGGCCGCUUCCACAUGGGGGGAGAAGCAUGCAGUGACUUCGAUGAAAGCGGGACCCUGGAAGAACGCGAACAGUGUUCUUCAGAGACGUGUUGCGGAUUUGAAGAGCCAGGACAAACGAGACGAAGCGACAGUGUCUCCUUCGGAGUCUACCGCGCUCGUGGCGAAGCAAGUGGAGCGAGAGGAAGGCGGGGCCUGCUCGCCUCUCGAUCGGGUCUCUGCGUCUGGACAGAGGCUUCGCGACAGAGACUCCGAACGCGCCUCUGCGCCCGGGAUAUCACGACUUCCACAGGCUUCGGGUGAGGACUCACUUGCACUAUACAGGAAUUUAAAACUCCCAGAACUGACAAAAAGGCGACUUGAACUCGAGCACCUCGAGCUACGAUUAGAGGCCGAGAGACAAGCCGUCGACGCGGCCCUCAGAGUCGCAGUUCGAGAAGUCCCGACGUUUGGAGAUGAAAGCGCGCUUCCGACGCUUGCAGAGGUUCUGCAAGAAGACGUCUCUGACCCGCGAUUCGGGGAAGCGAAGAGACACAACGAGGAGCUGACGUCUCGUCUGCGCACUGUCGGCCCUCCCCGCAUGCAUCGCUUCGAAGAGGAUUCUUUCCCUGUCUCUGUGCGCUCUUCAAAAGCGGAUUCAGACGACGUCUGGAGAGAGCCGCGCAGCCGAGAGAGAGGCGGGUCGGGAACGUCUCCGCAGAGUCUCAAAGAGAGAGAGGAAAACAAGGUGUUUUUCGAAGGAGUUGGCGGCCUCGACUCUCUGGAGGUUUCAGACGAAAGAGCAACGCGCAUCGACGAGACUCCAUGGAAACGCGAAGCAGAGAACACAGACCCAGCUCUCGCGUACCUCGACCACUUGAUAGCCUGCGCCCAACAAGACAUCAAGGGAAGUCGAGGAGAAAAGCCGACCUCCCACAGCUCGCGACGCACAGCUGGGCUGCUUCGUCGCCGCCUCCCUUUCCAUGCUUCUUCGCCUCUGAAUGACAUAGAAGGUUCUUCCUCCGACUCAGAUUUGCAUGCACGCGAGGAAGGCUCAAGUCGUUUCGCGGGUGGCCUCUCUCCGCUCGGUCGACCUUCUUCUCUGCGUUUCUUCGGCGACUCCUCAGACGCCGAGGACGCACUGCCUUCUGCCGUCACUUCUCCGUUAUUUCCGCAGGGAAACCGUUAUGCGUUUCAACGCGAAAACAACAACCUGAAGUUUAGAGGGGUGGGUGUGCCCCCUUUGAGCGUGCAGAGCAAGGCGAGAACGCGCGCAGAACGCCGGUCGUUGCCCGGCGUCUCCGCCCCGCAGAGUUCGGCCGAAAGCUUGCCGCUUCGGAAGCGUCCCUGGACGCCGUCUAGAGGAAGAGGAGUCUCACCAGAGACAGACAGCGAAGUGGAUGCCCAUCUCCGAGAAAGUGAAUUCGCAGCCGGACUGGCGCCGAGAAGCGCGUGCCGCGAAGUUUCCUUUCCCGAAACUCUAAACAGUUCGAUCAUCCACGGCGACGGAGACCCGUCGACGUUUCGCCCCCAAGCGCAGAGGUGUCUCCUCUCGCCGCGGGCGCCUUGGGCGAGAGGCGGACGCGCCGGCAGCGCCUCUGGAGCUUUCGGCACGAGACGAGAUCGAGAGAAAGAUUUGUGUUCUCCCGCGCGUCAGAUGGCGCCCUGUGGCCCACCUGCAGUCGUGAAAAGGAACGGAGAAGCCGUCUUGAACGCUCCGGGGGCAGCCGCGAGACUCGCGGAGGAACUCGGGAGUCUCUUGACAGUUGGAAAAGCCAAGCACAGCGACAGGGCUGUAGGGUCAAGAGACGGGACGCCGAUCAGACCGCGGUGGAAGGUCGCUUGA